AUGAACUACCGCAACCAAUUUAAGACUGUGUCCACGAUCGGAGCUGGCAACCACUAUUGUGGGCUAAGAAUCCUCAGCAGAAACUUCACCAACGAACGUGCAGCUGUGAUUCCAUUGCUAGAGCUCGUUGAGGCGGUCACGGCUGGCUAG